AUGAUCCUUUGGGGGAUCGCGCAGGAGUUCAUCAUGACCAAUGUGUACGUUGGAAGAAAUGGCGACAAUCUGCAGAUUCCCAGUGCAUUGUUCCUGGUGCUGUGCAAUCGAGCAUCAGCGGCCAUCUUCUCAGCUCUGAUCCUCACCAUUCGGCAAAAGCAGCUAUUCUUUGAUGGCUGUAUCGACUCGUUGCCACCAGCGGUGAGCAACAGCCUGGCUUCGUGGUGUCAAUACUCUAGUCUUUCCUACAUUUCAUUUGGAUUGCAAACGACAGCCAAGAGUACCAAAAUUCUUCCAGUAGUCAUAAUAAGCUCUUUGCGAGGGAAGCUUCACUCUCUGACUGACUAUGCAGAGUGCAUCGUGUUGACGGCAUCCUGCUUCGUCUUUGGCCACGAAAGCGAGACUGCCUUCGACAGCAGCACAACAUCCACAGGACUUAUCCUGUUGACCAUCUACAUCAUGUGCGAUUCGCUGACGCCUCAUCUGCAAGAUGUCCUCUUCCUCAAGCACAAG